AUGGAAUACCGUAUAGCGAGACAACUAGCUAAGAAGCGCAGCAAGUCGGAACUUAUGCUCAUGCCUCAUGAAGCGGUCGAAAUUCGCCAUCAUCCCCCGCCUUCGAUUCAAGAACUGUUGACACCAACAACACAGGGAGGGACAAGUAGUUCAGUUCAGCAGACCAUCUCCACAUCGACGGUGACCAGUCGUCAAUAUAAGACAGAACCUAACACCACUGUUACCCAUACGACGAUCACCUUCUCUGAGCCAGAAACCAGUGUAACGACUGGAACCACAGAGACUACAACAAAACCACAAGUUGGUCAACAGCCACAGACGACUCCCCGGCAAGCUCCAAAAAUGGUGGUGCCAAACAUCAACGCCCCAGUACAGAGUCCUCUUCUACUUCGCGUCAGCCCAGUUCAUGAUGCUGUAGUUGCUCAUGUCAAUAGCGACCGACUGUCUACGCCUAAGGAAAGGGUAGAAUUGUGGCAGGCAGAGACGCGUCAUUCGGCUCUCUACAGACUAGCGCCGUCAGCUGAAGUGCCUCCACAUUGCACGUUCGUCAUGCCACCUCAUGUCGCCAAUGUCGCUACAAUCCAGCACAUCAUCAAUACGCCGGUGUCGAACGUGACCGCUUAUUGCCUUCCGCCACUGCAAAAAGUCAAGAAAGAACACAUAUCCCGAAGACUCGGAUGUGCUCAUUUGAUGCUUGCCCCUGAAGGACCAUUACAAGCAGAGAAACUUCGACCAUUUUGGGAAACAGUUACAUUUACCAUAGCUUUCGGAAAACAUGUGGCCAUCGAAUACCGUAUACCAAAGCUUGCAGCUCUCAAGGUUGAACUUAUUAAAUGUCAAAAAUACCCUAUAGUAAAAGUGGAUUCAAAAGUACUGUACAAGAAAGUAGCCGAAGAGAAAGUAGUUCAUUGGACAGCUGCGAAACCCUAUCAAAUAAUCUUAACAACGGUGGAAAAGGACGAUCCUCAAAUGGUGAAACGCGUACGACUCGAACAGAAUCCAUUAUACGAGAGAAUGCCAUCUCAGUGCAACGUAGCAGAGGUUGAUAUGUACACAACGGAACAAGUCGACUACAAAACUCAUUCGACUACUGGAGAGCAGUCACGCACCGAGCGGCACACAUAUCAUGAUCACCAGUUGAUUCAACGAUGGAAGAACACAAUACAUGUGGAAAAUCGUCGACAACGAAUCGACUGGUAA